GUGGGGGUGCCCUAUUGUGACGGAUCGGGCGAGGAAGGGGAAUAGGGGGCAGCGGGGGAACGCUCCUCCCGCCAGGACUGCACCAUGAGCUCCCUGGGUGGGGAGACCCCAUCGUCCGAUCCCUCCUCUCCGCCCCCGCAGGACGACGGCAUGAUGUGGUGGUACCGUUGGCUGUGCCGGUUGGCCGGGGUCAUGGGGGGCAUCUCUUGUGCAAUUGCUGGCCUCUUCAAUUGUAUCACCAUUUACCCACUCAACAUUGCAGCUGGUGUAUGGAUGAUGUUAAAUGCCUUCAUCUUAUUUUUGUGUGAGGCACCUUUCUGCUGCCAGUUCAUUGAAUUUGCAAACACUGUUGCUGACAAGGCUGACCGGCUGAGGCCUUGGCAGAAAGCUGUCUUCUACUGUGGGAUGGCAGUUUUCCCCAUUGUCAUCAGCCUGACUUUGACCACCCUCCUGGGAAAUGCUAUUGCCUUCUCCACAGGCGUGCUUUAUGGACUUUCUGCACUUGGCAAAAAGGGUGAUGCAAUUUCCUAUGCAAGAAUCCAGCAGCAGAAGCAGCAGGCAGAUGAGGAGAAACUGACAGGGACCCUUGAAGGGGAGCUGUGAGCAUCUGGCCCAGGAUCGGGGCCUUCCUCUGUGGCCUUAAGAUGAACCUUUCUUCUCUAGUUCCAGUUUCCUGGCCCUCACACCUUCCCUUUCUGUGGGAGGACAGACACUUGGUCAAAGUGUGGAGUGGAGUAGACGAGGACUAUUCACGGCAACUUUGAGAAAAGCAUUUAAGGAGGAACUCUUGCACAGUGCCUAGCAUAUAGUGAGUGCUUGGGAAACACUAACUCAGGUGUCCCUGUCUCUCCAUCUUUCUCACCCUAGCCCUUGAAGACACACUUGCAUCCUCCACCAGACUUGCAUCUUUUGGAUCUGCCUAUUGACUCCAAGUCAGCUAGGGAUGAAAUUACAAGAUCUGUGGCAGGCAGGCAGGCAGGCACUACAGAAAAUUGGAGCAGAAAUCACGAACCACAAGUCAGGUCUGGAAGACAAGAGUCCUGUGGAGGACAUUUGGCUGCCCAGCUUCUUGGGGCCAUGAGAACUUCAGUUGGAAAUGGGACAAAGCAAGCAAUCUCUUUCACAUUUGCUGCCCCUAUAGACUAGUUUGUAACCGGCUGCCAGAUUGACUUUCAUACUUAAUAUAUUUUGAAAAUGAUCUGAUUAUUCAACAGGGAUGCAGGAGUAAACACUGCUUCCCCAUGUUCACUGCCAGCCUGAAACAAGCUUUUUUCCCUGUUCUUCAGAGGUAGGAGAUACCUUAGAUUCUGGCCUUACUAUCCAGGACAGGGGAGAACAUCCCCAUAACAUCUGUUGCCAUCAAACUGACAUUCAAGGCCAUUUCUGAAUCAGGGACAAAGUAUGGUUCAGUGAUGGCAGGGACUACAUUUCAAGAGGCCAGGGUCUGAUAUUUGAUCUGCCUUCACAAGGAGUCAGAUCCGGGAGGUGUGGGCAUAAGGCAUCGUCUUGAUCUUGGGCCUAGUUUAGCCUUCUAUUUCUCCCUCUGUGCCUUUUGUCCCUCCAUCUCCCCCACUCUGUGCAUCAAGUUAUGGAACUUGGAAAGCUCUGGGUCCUUCUAAGCUAUUUGUAAAGGUCCCUCCAGUUUCUCUGAUCACCCCUUCUUUAUAUUAUACUUGGGAUGCAAAAGGCUUUGGAGUGAAAAGAUAUACUUGAGUUUAUUAACAUGUGAGAUGUCCUUCCUCCCAGUAGUUCCUUUGACCCUGCCCUGGUAGUGCUGGGGCCAGCAGGAGCUCAGAGCUGGGAUGACUGGUUAGGUCAUUGUGUUCCCCAUAGACCUCACCAUGCUACAGGCCAGGAAUGUUCUUCAUUGGUUCCCACAAGAAGGAAAGAAAGUUGAAACCAUUGCAGGAGUGAUGGGGGAAGAGUGAUGUUCCCUGCACUUUUCUCUGAAUCUCCAUGAGAUGUAAUGCAAAUUGCUCCAUAUGCCUUCCUACCUGUCACUUGGUGAUCCCCCAUGGGCCUCCCAGGGCCAGGGAUGGCCAAGGCUUGCUAUCAGUAUGAGGUGCUUGGUGCUAAGAUCUUCAGAGAACCACUCCUGAGCCUUCCUAUAGGUGAACGCUGGGCAGGGGCUCUGAUGCAGGUCUUCCUCAGUGACCCAAGCCCCACCUGUGUGACCGAUAUAGAACCUUUCUCCAUGAACUUUUGGAUUGUAGUUUUGGAUUCAUCAUCCCUCAGCAAGAUGGAUAUCUCUUCCAGGCCCAUGGUGAUGUGGGCAGAAAUCACACCAGCUGACUCUGAAACCCAAAGUCCCAACUUCUACCUUCCUUUCUCAAAUGUCUACAUGUACUGUUCUUCCCCGUAAUGAGAGAGUAUUUCCUCCUGUCUACCUUUUUUUUUCCUCCACGCCCUCAAAUCCAGUGAAUCAUCUCAUGGGAGCUGCAGAAGAGAUGUGGAUGUUUGGUAGUGAAGCCAGGGUGAGAUAGCUCAGUGGUUGGUGUACUGCCCCAAAUUAAAGGCAGAGAUGCUGGCCUGAUCAAGGCCUCUCUGCAUUGUGGCAUUAAUGUCUGUCCCAGAUUGGGAUCUGGGCAUGGAGAAGAAGCACACAUUAGAAACAUUUAUUCUUCUACUACAAGCUAUUUGCUUCCUAGACUACUCCCUAAUCUCAUUUGCCACCCUUCCUUCUCAGACGUAUCUCCUCCAGUGCCUGGGACUUCAAACUACACAUCACCCACAGUAAUCAUUCAGUGCAAUGGUCUGAUCUCAGCUGGUGGAAAAGUUUAACUUAAUCCUAUCCUACGCUGGAACAAGACAGACCCCCCUGGAGUUCCUUUGGUUAUAGGCCCUGAAGGACUUUGGGCUUGCUUCUAAAUGGGGAGUGCUAGAGGCCUGCCCGGCCAAGGCAUGAACUAGACCUUUGCACUUAGUUGUUCCAGAUUGGCUUGGGGGAAUGGGGAUAUGGGUUCUUUAUUGAGUCCUCUGCUAAUAUUUCAGAGGAUUUUCACCUUGUGGGAAGGUGUUUCUCAUCUUCUUUCUUCUUGCUGCAAUUUUAAUUACUGAUUCCAGGUAGAUCUGUAAGUUGGGGUGGAGAAAGGAGUUUUUCUGCUAUCUUCCAUCCCUCAAGGGAUUUGGACUUAGCUUAUGAAAAUACAAACUGUUUGGGAGCUGGACUCCCAAAUGAGCCAUUGUGUGUGUGUCUAAGAGAAUUUGUACCCCAGACUGUCCUACUGGCAGGGUCAUUGUUCACUUGAAUUCAACCUGACCUGUGAGUUUUUGACUAGAUGGAACCUUUAGGGAUUUAUUGCUGAGGUUACUGUUUUGUAUUUUUUUAAGACAGUGAUCUGACUUCACUGCCUCUUUGUGUCCCGUGGCCUAGUUGGCUCUUUCCUAUAACUCAUCAGUGGCCUUAACUGACAUCCAGGCCACCAAUGGCAGCAAUCAGCAUUUAUUAGUCCCCAGAGGAUGCAAGGACCUAUCACUGUUAACAAUCUCAGAAGAACUAGUGUAGGCCCUUGUAGUGGGCCAGGCCCUAUCUCUUUCUCGGUGCAAAGGGAUUGAUUGAUCCCUGUGUAAUAUUUUAUAUUGGCUAUCAGAGGCCCAACUAUUGUACAAGUAAAAACACUAUAGAGCUGGUGUAUCUUGAGCAAGAUAGAAUCAUAAUAAUGUCUUAGAUAUAACACUAGCCAUAAUCCUACAGGAGCCAUGUUACCAGGAAGGACUGAGUGAUGGUUGAAUGUUAAAUUCUCCUCAUGAGGAGCUAUGGGUAUCUUGCACAGUUUCUAGAAAUGGAAAACUACAAAAGUAAGACAUUAAACCUUUUCUAGAAAAUAGCAGGUCUUCCUAUUAUCACAGUCAUGGUAUGGUUGACUUUGUGGAAAGAGGUGAGCCUGUUAGCAUGGAGCCAUCACUGUCUACAGAGCCGGCCCAAGCUUAGUCUCAGCAAGGUAUUUAAGGAUAAGAUGGAAUUCGGCUCUCUGGAGAAAGGAGGUAGCCCAGGCCUCUUUGGAAACAUCAUUUUUUAGUUCAUGGAUCACUACAGUGCCUCUCAGCCAUAAGUGUCCCAAACAGGAUCUGAGAAGCAUUGAAUCAAAAACAUUGUGGGAGAAGGCAGCACAUAUUCUCCUAUGCUUGCAAGAUUAUCCCAUCUUUUUGUGUAUGCAGUGAAUAAAAGACCAUUCUACCUCCUUAUAGAGUGAAGUGGAGAUUUGUCUUCUUUUAAAAAAACAACAGUUGUUUUAAAAAAAAAUCAAGUAAAAACUAAGAAGCAGGGACCCCACUACAGAAGGGUUGCAGUUUACAGAGGAAUCUGGUAGUGCAUCUGAAUGAUUCCCCUGUCGGGUCUAUGUUUGCCUUCCUGGCCCCUUUGACAGUUUGUGUUGUACACUUACCUGUAUAUUUACUACUGUAGCUCAGGCAGUUACUCAGGGAAUUCAGGGGAGGUUUAGGUUGAGUGUUAGCAACACCUUAUUCCUGUGCUCUGUUCGGGUUUCCCUGAGAAGCAGCCUUCAAACAGUAGACAGAGACACUUUAAGGGGGCAGCUAGGUGGCACAGUGGAUAAAGCUAGUUACUAGCCCUGGAUUCAGGAGAACCUGAGUUCAAAUCUGGCCUCAGACACUUGACACUUACUAGCUGUGUGACCCUGGGCAAGUCACUUAACCCUCAUUGCCCUGCAAAAAAAAAAAAAAAAGAAAGUAGACAGCAACCUCAGGGGCUGCUGACAA